GGGCUGGAUCGAGUACUAUGUGGUUUGUGUGUAUCUGAUGUUGCAUGUAAUUACUUAUGUUUUCCACUACUAUUCUAAUUAUUGCUCUUGUAUGGUGCUUACUAGGUUGCAGGGUCCAGAGCUUCAGUUUGGAUACAUAAUGGCUGACCUUAUUGCAGGUGCAGCUGUUGGUUACGGUUUCGAACUCUUUGUGAAUCGUGGUUUAGAGUUUGCUAGAGCAGUAUGGGAAUACAAGGAAAACUGCAGGAGCUUUGAGUCUGAUAUUAAAAGCACAGCUGACAAUUUGAGACAACUCAAGGAUAUAGGGUUGACGUCCGCAGAAAGUGAGGAAUUGUCCGAAAGAGUGAAGGGUCUUAUAUCUCAGCUGGACAAGAUUAGAGGGCCUUGUGUAUGGCGGGGACGGUUGUCUGCAGUUAUGGUGUUCUUGAGGCGUGGACGUGCUAAGAAAAAGCUUGUGAACCUCCACGACGAGCUCAAGAAGUUGAAGAACGACCUCCAUGUACAGCUGGUACAGAAGAAUCUUCAUGUGAGCGAGAAGAAUCUUCAGGUGAGCGAGAAGACACUUCAGGUGAGCGAGGGGAUUGAGGCACGCUUCGAAGAAUUAUGUCGCUGGGUAGAUCCACAAAGCCACACCACCCACUCGAAGUUGGAGUUCAAAAAAAUUGCAACUGAAGACCGAGUGUUUGGCAUGGAGUAUCCCUUGAGCAGGGUGUCUGAAGCUAUACGUGCUCCGACAGAACAAGAUGAUUUGCCUGAAGUGGUUUGCCUGCACGGGAUGGGUGGCGUUGGAAAAACAACACUGGCGAAACAAAUUCAUGAUAGCGAAGAGCUGAAAAACGAKUUUCCUGAUGGGAACAUGUUCAUCUUGUGCGGGCAGGYGAGAAAUGCCGAUGACUUGAUUCGACAGGCAUUAGAAAAAUYGGKGASCRGGUGUGAUGGGAGUGGUCGYGGUACAGAAAUGGAGUCUAGCUUGAAACAAUGGCUGAAAGACAAGAGAUUGCUGCUAGUGAUCGAUGAUGUCUGGAGUCCUGACCAGAUCGGGUGGGUUCAGCGUGUGGCYGAUGCAAACUGUACCGUUGUUAUCACAACAAGAAACAAAGAUGUYGUAASKCUYCCGACGGUCCAAACUUUUCUUGUGGAGCCAUUGGGGAUGGAAGACGCAUACGAUAUGUUUUGCUAUUCCGUAUUCGGUAGCGAACGCCCUCCUCCAGAUCUUGACGAGCUGACACGCAAAGUGUGCGCAAAAUGUGGCGGGCUGCCGUUGGUUCUGCAGKUGGUGGGGUCAAAUCUCUCUGCCAGAAGAGGGGACCAUGACUUCUGGGAAAGAUGGCUUGAAUUCUUGGAGAGAUCMAGCCUGGAUGUGCUACCUCAGCCCGGCUGCAACGAAGACUACUAUGAAAAUGUCCUAARGGUCAUCCAGCGGUCCAUUGACAACCUCUCCUCUAAGAAGAAGAAACAUCUCUUGGACAUGUUUCUUGAAUUGGCUCUGUUUCCYGAYGAUCAUGAAAUCGACCGUGACAUGAUGGAAAUCCUUUGGUCAGUCCAUCCACGUGUUGGUCGCCUGCAGGCUUCCAGAGAUUGCAUGAGCUCACUGAUCAGACUCUCUCUGGUGGAGGAGCGUAACGGGGGAUCGCAUGUGGUCUUGCACGAUAUAGUUCGGCAUGCAGCAAUCUGUACGAUAGACUCCAUCACGCCACCUCGAACAGUCCAGGAGAUUGGCAAGGGCAUCGACCCCGCCGCUGGUACUAGGUGGGGGGGGGGAGGCACGAAUGCAAUAAACCGGUUGUCUGUGGGCGGAGAUGAGAGCUUUACCACCCUCCGUCAUGGGUUUAUCGAAGCUGACGACACUUGACUUACAUGGUUGCCAUGAACUUCAGUUGCCCAAAGCGGGGAAAGGGRUCGAAAAUCURGGACGGUUAAGGCGCUUAGAUUUAGGGGAUUGUGUCGGUUUGCAGUCUCUUCCUGAUUCCUUUCAGGAACUYAAAAAUUUGACAUCKUUGAAUUUGAAUCACUGUGAGCGCUUGRACUGCUUGCCUGAUUCCUUGGGAGAACUAACAAAUCUGACUUCAUUGG